AUGAUGGCAGUGUCCUACCUAUUAAAGAACAACCAAUUUCAACAUUCCGGAAACGUCACAUUCCCUCUUCGUCCAGGUGCAAAGACUGCUUGCAAAGCUAUAACCGAAUACGAUGGUUGCGCCAUUGGGGGAACUGCGUUCAAGCUUGAAAAGAAUCAUACAGUUGGCUGUCCCAUCCUUGCGGAGGAUGAGUCACCAAAGCCAAAGCCUUGCAACCUCGACGUCAAGGAGGUCCCUAGCAAGACUACCGAUUCAGCUUCAAGGGUCACAGGCACAGAAUCCGGUAAUGCUUCUGACCCUACGAGUACUAGUGGGACUCAAAAGACAAAUGGGGAUGACGGCGGCGCCGAUAGUAAUAGCGAGGCACAAGGACACAGUAUUGCUGACAUCGGUGGACUCUUGACUGUAUUCAUCGCUGUCUCUGCAUAG